CAUUGGUGAAACUGUAUUAAAAUAUGUAUAUAAAUAAAUCUAAGGCCUGUGCAUUAAUUACCCGUUCGCCAGGCCUUUAUUUUGAAUGUUUCCGCCGGAAGUCUUAAUUCAGAUUCUCAGAGAAUCCUCGCGCAUGCGCACUGCGUUAAUCUACAUGAAACAACGCUUGGUGGGCAUCUUGCGCUGAUCUGGUGUUCAGCAAAUAUCAUCGACUGAUUCACGGUUAGUGACCACCGACAGCUCCAUGGCGUCCAGAGGGUUGGUGCAGGCAGCGGUGCUGCUGGCGGCGCUGCAGCUGCUCUGCCUCGGUGCAGCUGAUGCGGAUCAGGAGACCGGGACCGUCAUCCCCGCUGAGAGUCGCCCGUGUGUCGACUGUCAUGCGUUUGAGUUCAUGCAGAGAGCGCUGCAAGAUCUAAAGAAGACGGCGUUCAACCUGGACGCCAGGACGGAGACGCUGGUGCUGCGGGCGGAGCGGCGUGCUCUGUGUGACUGUCUGCCCACUAACUCUCUGCGCUGAGCUCCAGAGACUCUCCUCGUCAUCAUCGACACACUCCACACCUCGACUCAUCUAACUUAUUCAACAGGCACUUUACUUUCUGUCUCUUCUCUCACGUCUCUGUCGAGUGCUGCUUUUGAUUUGAACUCAUCGUUUUUUGCCUUAUCGGGACGACUUUUAUACCACUAAAAACUGAUGUUUUACAGUGUGAAACACUCGCCUGCUUGUUUCCAUCCGUCUCCUAUGAAGCAUCAACUAUUUUUUGUACUUUUUAGUAUUUGACUGUAUAAUGUAGAUACAGUAGAAUGCAUCGACACAUUUACUUGUUGUAUGAGAUUAAUGUUUACGACGUUUAUACACAUCAAACUGUAGCAUCACGUGGAAUUUAUUUAAACCGCUCAAAAUAGUUCAAUAAAGACGAUUAAAUGACCUUUUUAGGAAUCGGUAAAAAUGACACUUUUUCUUUCUUAUAACAGCGAUAGAUUAAUAUUUCUUAUUAAAUAGAAGAAAUCAGCAGAAAGAAUUUUACUAAAACAAUGUUUUCAGACUUUGACUUGUAGGUCUUGAUUUAGCACAGCACUGUAGCAUGAAUUACAGCACUUUUUGUUAUUAAACGUGCUGUUAAUGUAGAUUGUAUGUAUAGAUUCUGUUUAUGUACACGGGUCUCUCUCUGUCUGAUGAAGGCGUAUGCAAGAAGAAGAAAAAGAGGAAGAAGUGAUAUUAAAUGAACUGCAAUAUGGACAAGGGGAGGGUAGAGAUAGAGAUAGAAAUAAUAUUUGUCUGAUUGUUGCUUGUUCACAUUAUCGUCUCUGGACGCUCCAUUUACUGUCUGAAUGUCGUACCUAUCAAUAAAAACAAUGAAUGAUCUCUA